CCAUGCAGCUGUUGAGAUGCGUGAUAUCAUAUAAUCAAAUGCAAGUAAACAUUUAAAUUAUCUUUAUUUUCGCUGUAACGUUCACUACAUUGACUUUCAUUUUAAUUUAAAACAAGAUGCAAUUACUAUUUUCAACCGCUAGAUGGCAGCUGUAGCCCUACUACACAUGACUACUGGCAACGCGAGACUUGAAAUUUAGACAUCAGGGACGGCCCUGGUAGACAUCAGAGUUGCCACAUCUCGCAAUAAAGACAUCUGCCAUUUUUAAACGAGGGAGACGUUACGACCUCGGCCUUUCAGCGAGCAACGGGCAAGAGUUUACUGCAAACACUGGAAGCAAAAAGACAUUUACUUUGGUCUUUUUCCCAGCAUCCCUCAGCUGUGGAGCUGUAUGAGGGGGAGGAGUCUGUCCUGCUGCCCUGUGAGUUUCAAACAUUUGACAUAGACGACCCCACAGUGGUGUGGAGCCGCUAUGAUCUCGAUCCUCCAACCGUCCACCAGCGUCAGCAGGAAGGUGAUGAACUUAAAGACCAAAACCAGCUUUACAGCGGCCGAACAUCCAUGAUGACUGACGCUCUGGAAACUGGAGACCUCAGCCUCAACCUGACAAAACUCCAGCUCUCCGACAGCGGCACCUACACCUGCACCGUCAGAGACUCUAGGGGAGAACAGAGAGUGACAGAGAUACAGCUGCAGGUCAAAGAACGAUUUCCAUCCUGGGUCAAAGUUCUCCUGGUUCUCCUGGUUCUCCUGGUUGCUGGUCUUGUUGCUGCUGGGGGUCUUCUGGUACAUUUCCGGCAGUAUUUCAUGUCAGUCUACAAGGUGGAGGUGGAUUCAGAGGUGGAGUCUGUCCUGCUGCCCUGCAAAACCACAGUUCACCUGCCUGAAGACGGCACAGUGGAGUGGAGGGACGGAGACAACGAUGUGCUCCACGUAUAUAAGAACGGCUCUGACCAGCCUGAAGAACAGCACAGUUUUUACAGAGACCGAACAGAGAUGAAGAGAAAUGCGCUGAGAACUGGAGACCUCAGUCUGACCCUGAAAUACCCCACAGACAGAGACAGAGAAACCUACACCUGCACCGUCUACAGCAGGGAGAGAGACAUCCUGAUGAAGAAACAAGUCCUGCUGCAGGUCAAAGUCUGUCAGGUGGAGGUGGAGGAGGGGGCGGAGUCUGUCCUGCUGCCCUGCAAGACCACAGACAACCUGCCUGAGGACGCUACAGUGUGGUGGAGACACUAUGAUCCCUAUAAGACGGUCCACGUGUAUCAGAACGGCUCUGACCAGCCUGACCAACAGGACCAGGUUUACAGAGACCGAACAGAGAUGAAGGAAGACCUGCUGAGAACUGGAGACCUCAGUCUGACCCUGAAAUCCCCCACAGUCAGAGACGGAGGACGAUACGACUGCGGUGUCUUAAACAAGAAGGGAGUCCUCAUGAGAGAGAAAAGAGUUAAUCUCAGGGUCAAAGAGAGAAGCAGGGCUCCACUGAUCCAACUCCUCUGAUGGCCGAUCAAUCUGUUUGAUCUUUGAUCAUUGAUCCGAUCUGACUCUGGAUCAGAGAGAAAAUGGAGGUGAAG